CCUUCUCCCUGCCGCGCCGGCGAGACCGCGAGAGCGGCGCCCGCCCCGCCAGGGCGAGGGAAGGAGGCGCAGCCCGCGGGCAGGAAGCUGGAUGAGGACGAGUGUGCGGGCAAGGCAGCCCCUCGGGCAUGAAGGGGACCGCGGGGACGCUGCCGUGCCCUGCAGCCGAGCGGGGACGCCAGGAAGACAGCUGCCUUCAGAUGGUACAGAACUCACUGACAGUUGCUCUUGCCUCAGUCCUGCUUCAUGAGAACUUCAGAAGUUACUAACUGAGUGAUAUUUGGCCAGACCUAAAAUAUCUUCCACUCCAGAUCUGAAAGUAGUGGAAAAGUUAGACAAUUCUCUCUUGGAAAGAGACCGAUUGUAGUUUAUUCACAAGUCCACAUUGUUUCAAAUCUCCAAGCAGAUGGUACGUGAACAAUAUACAACAACAACACCAGGCACGAGCCUAGAGAGGCCGAAGAAUGAAUAUAUCUACAAAAUUGGAAUUUAUGGCUGGAGAAAGCGUUGUCUCUACCUAUUUGUUCUCCUCCUGCUUAUCAUCCUAGUUGUGAAUUUUUCUUUGACAAUUUGGAUUCUUAAAGUGAUGUGGUUUUCCCCAACUGGAAUGGGACACCUGCGUGUUACAAAAGAAGGCCUUCGACUGGAAGGGGAAUCUGAAUUCUUAUUCCCUCUUUAUGCCAAAGAAAUCCAUUCGAGAGUGGACUCAUCACUGCUUCUCCAGUCUACUCACAAUGUGACUGUGAAUGCUCGCAAUUCAAAUGGAGAAGUCACAGGCAGGCUAAAUGUGGGUCCUAAAAUGGUAGAAUUCCACAGUCAGCAAUUUCAGAUCAACUCAAAGGAUGGAAAGCCACUUUUCACAGUGGAUGAAAAUGAAAUUGUAAUUGGCACAGAUAAGCUUCGAGUCACAGGGCCUGAAGGAGCACUUUUUGAACAUUCUGUAGAAACACCACUUGUGAAAGCAGAAGCUUUUAAACAGCUUAGGCUGGAAUCACCAACUCGAUCUUUGAGCAUGGAUGCACCACGAGGAAUUAAUAUCAAAGCACAAGCUGGGAAUAUUGAAGCUCUUUCCCAGAUGGAUAUCAAACUACACAGCAGUGAUGGCGUGCUUUUGCUUGAUGCUGAAACCGUGCGACUGCCCAAGCUGCCUGAGGGUGCAAGGGGUGGAUCCGGGAUUUCUCAGGGGCUCUAUGAAAUCUGUGUGUGUCCCGAUGGAAAGCUCUACUUGUCAGUGGCCGGCGUGGGCUCCACUUGCCAAGAAUACAGCCGAGUCUGCCAGUGAGGCAUCCGGAAAGGUCCACACACCCCCUUGCGCAUCUGAGUUUUGUAUUACCCCUGAAGAGCAUCACUGAAAUGAAAGCGUAUUUUUCAGCAUUUUAAAAACAAAGUACUUACAAUUUAGGAAACAAAUCUGCAUCUAUAAUUCUGGAAUACAGGGUGUAAGGGGAAGAAGAAGAGCACAAAUGACAUUUCCACUUCAGAUGAAUGACUUGAAUCAAAUUACAUGUUUUGUCAGUAACACUUGGAAAACAGCCUUACAGAGAGCAUAAAAAAAUAAAACAAAUAUGUUUCCUUGCUGAACUAUUAUUCAGUCAGAUGAUUAUGUCAUUGUUCACAUUUCUGAGAUCGUGGGUUUUUCCUCUCACUACAUGCAAACACUUACUGUAUUAGUGGGUGAAAUUAAAUUGAGGGAACUACUUGAAUUAUUUGUAAGACAAAGCAUUAUUUGGAGAAUUCAGAAAGUGCCAGCAAAUGGUCUAUGCAAUUUUGUUCUUGCAAUAACACAAGAUAGAAAAGUGCGGUAUUUGUAUAAGUUCUGUAUAAAAGAUGUUAAUUUGCUAAUCGCUUUCUAUUUUAAUUUGGCAACACAUAUGCUGAUUUGCUUCUUACUGAGAUUCAUAUAAAAAUAACUAAAGCAAAAAGCUCCAGAAGCCAUGAAGGCCUCUCUGUGUCUCAAAUCCAUUCACUAUACAACAGAGAAAUAUGUUAGUAUAUUUUAUAAUAGCAAUUGUUUGUUCUACUGCCUGUACCAUCAUAUUCAUUUAAAUCCUUUUUUAUUUUAGGACAUGCUAAUUCAACAAGGCAAUCUGUUGUGCCAGCUGGACUAGUAAAAAGGAAAAAAAAUUUGGCUUCAGAUUGUCUGACACAAGGAACUAUUUGGGCAGUGGGAAAAAGUCCUUUUAUGCUGCCCACAGAUUUCAAUUAAGAGGAGUAUUUCAUUUCCAGCUGCAUAUGUUGACUGGUAUUUCUGAUCCCGUCAGAGUGGGACUCCAUCACAAACAGAGAGAGUAAAACUAUUAUUUUUUACAUUAGGACUUUGGAUAUGAAUAAAUGCUCACCAGAGCUGACAAACCGUUUAUUGGCCUUGUAAAGAAACACAACUGCAGACCCAUUCCCCUGUACAGAACUGCACUGAACACAGUUUGCACACCUCUGGGUAGCAAGAUUUGUAUUUAGUAGUCUGUUGUUUAAACAUGGGUUUUUAAUUCCUUUGAUGCUGUUUUGUAUAUACUUCAUGAUCUUAUUAUCCAGGAAGGAGCUAUCACAUAGUGCCUUGGUGUCUAUUUACAGAAGGAUUUUAACCCAUAGUGUUAGUGAACCACGAAUAUCCACCUUUUGGAAGAAAAUUAAUCAUCCUCUUUAAAACAGAAGAAUUAGAACAAAAUAACUAAUAACUUUUUUAAAACUUUAGCUCUGGUGAGCAAAGGAAGAAAACCAACACUUGGAUGAGAUCCCCAGGUACACACAAAAGCCUGAGAAAGAGUCCCCUGUUGACAUUGUCCACUAUCACUGUGGUAAAGCCCAGGGCAGUCCCUGCCUCGAGGGCUGCCUUUGCAAUUUCUCCAAGAGUCUGAUGUACAGAACUGAAACUGCCCUUCAGUAGCAGGAUCCAGCAGCAGCAGGAGCCCUCAGCAAUUAGAGCAAACUCGAAGAGCUUCAGUAGCACAAGUAGGAAACACUUAAGGUGAGCUUAAGCAAGUGAAGCAAGGUUUCACAAGUUAUCUGGAGAGUGCUCCAAUUGCUGUUACACUGCCUAAAGGAGAAGUAGGAAGCCAUACAUCUUCCAUAUCUGGAAUUCCAUUUUCUCAGGCUUAGGCUCACUCACUCCUGUCUUCAGGAGUGAGUCCAAGGCUAUUGGGCAUAAGGAGAGAAAUGUUUAUCUCCACGUCUGUAUCUCUUGACUAUAACUGUCUCUACAUCUAAGCCCUCAGCUGAGGCACACUUUAACAGAAAUCUGUCUUCAGAAUUCCUUUAAAGUCAGUUUAGGCGGUUCCAGCUCCAUGCACAAGCUUUUACAAACCAAAAUACAAGCAGACUUAGCUUAUUCACUGGAUAGAAAGUAUGAGUACUAAAAUAAAGGUCAGCAAAUACCCUUGCAUGUGCCAGAUACCUAAAACCUGCUGCUACAAGUAAGUUAGAGAACUGCAAUGUCACCAAUCUCUUACAGGUGUAGUAUUAACAGGAAAACUGGGACUCGAGUUCUUAGGAAUUUCAGUCGCUGUUCUGAAAUCAAGGAACAUAUGCCCAUUUCCAUGGAGUAUCAAAUAAAUCAUUCACCUAAUCUAACCCCUAAAUAUUAGCCAGAUCCUGCAAAAUAGUUACGAUCUGCUUCUUUGGCUGGCAAUAGAAGUACUUCACUUUUUAAGUUAUACAUUUUUAAGCUUUUGUUUUGGAGACACAUUUUCAAAUGUGAUUUGCCAGUUAAUUCACAGCAGACGAUUGCACUGAAGCUUUCCGGGCAAGAAUAACCUGACCCCUAAAGAGCUGUGAAAAUCGGGGUGCAGUCCCCUGGCUGGUAACACUAUUAAGCAUGAUGGCACUUCAUUUAGACACUGCAGUAACUACCACCUUUCUUGUGAAGAUAAAUCUUCUGGACUUGCUUCAGUUCAGUGCCUGUGGAGAGGCACUCAGAAUCCUCCUGAGGUACUAUCCACAGGUUCCAUUCAGAAUCCUCUGAGUAGUACCAAAACCUAAAGAAGUCUUUUGUACCCUCAACACUGCCAUCACCCAAACCUCCAAUGUGAUCCUUUUCAUUGCUUAAAUUUAAUUCUUCCUUUCAUUAUGCUACAACACUGAUAUCAGAAGUAUUGUUCCAGUAUAGAAGUUGUGCACGUUUUUUAAAGCAUGACUGGUGAGAUCUUGUCACUAUUUUUUUUCUUUUAGGUAUGGUUAGUAGAGAAACAAAAUUUAUGCUAAAAUUACCAGAGUGUAAUCAGCUGAUGCUACAAUCUGAAUUACUUUUAAUCUGAAUUACUUUUAAUCUCAAGGUAGUUAAUACAUCACUAAAUUAUAAUUUCUGAUAUCUCCAUGUGGAUGUCUAUCCCUCUGUAAUACUUUAAUUAUUGUUUCUACUUGAAACAAACUUCAGUAAAUAGUUACAGAGUAACAGAAAAUUAUGGCACAGGGAACUGAGAGUAUGCAGUUCUCUAGUUUAUUUCCAAAAUUAUCAUCCAAAUGAAGAGAAAAAAAUCACUACCAGCAUAGUGAACUGAUUUGUUUGCAUAUUUACUCCCUCAAAAAGAAUUAUUUACAGCACUUCUUGCAGCUGGUUGCAGUUGUUACACAGUGGAAAAAUAGUAGAAAAACUUCACUGGUGAUUACCCAAACACAAGCCUUUUUUUUCCAUUUCACAGUCCUUUAGUAGUUGCAUUUGUCUAUCUAUAUAUAGCUUUAUGCAAAAGGAAAUUGCAAGAAUUGGAAACUGAGUUCUUGAAUAAACUUUAUACAUUUUGAA